CCGGGACGGGCGCGGAGCUGGCGAGAGGGCGGUGGAGGCGGCGCCGACGGGGCCCGCUGAGGCGCGCGGGGUAUCGGCGGCGCCCGGGAGCCUGUCGCUUGCUCGGUCCCUCCGGUUCGCUGGGUCCGGGCGGGACCCCCCACGGCGGGAGGCAGUAUGUCGGUGGCGGGGCUGAAGAAGCAGUUCUACAAGGCUAGCCAGCUGGUCAGCGAGAAGGUCGGAGGGGCUGAAGGGACCAAGCUUGAUGAAGACUUCAAAGAAAUGGAGAAGAAGGUGGAUGUCACCAGCAAGGCCGUGACGGAAGUGCUGGCCAGAACCAUCGAGUACCUGCAGCCCAACCCAGCUUCACGGGCCAAGCUGACGAUGCUCAACACGGUGUCCAAGAUCCGCGGGCAGGUGAAGAACCCCGGCUACCCACAGUCGGAGGGCCUGCUGGGCGAGUGCAUGAUCCGCCACGGGAAGGAGCUGGGCGGCGAGUCCAACUUCGGGGACGCCCUGCUGGAUGCGGGGGAGUCCAUGAAGCGCCUGGCGGAGGUGAAGGACUCUCUCGACAUCGAGGUCAAGCAGAACUUCAUCGACCCCCUGCAGAACCUGUGUGACAAAGACCUGAAGGAGAUCCAGCACCACCUGAAGAAGCUGGAGGGCCGCCGCCUGGACUUCGACUACAAGAAGAAACGGCAGGGCAGGAUCCCCGACGAGGAGCUGCGCCAGGCCCUGGAGAAGUUCGAGGAGUCCAAGGAGGUGGCCGAGACCAGCAUGCACAAUCUCCUGGAGACCGAUAUCGAGCAGGUGAGCCAGCUCUCCGCGCUGGUGGACGCCCAGCUGGACUACCACCGGCAGGCCGUGCAGAUCCUGGACGAGCUGGCCGACAAGCUGAAGCGGAGGAUGCGGGACGCCUCCUCUCGUCCCAAGCGGGAAUACAAGCCCAAGCCUCGGGAGCCCUUCGACCUUGGGGAGCCUGAGCAGUCCAACGGGGGCUUCCCCUGUGCCACGGCCCCCAAGAUCACACCUUCGUCAUCUUUCCGGUCAUCGGACAAGCCCAUCCGGACCCCCAGCCGGAGCAUGCCCCCCCUGGACCAGCCAAGCUGCAAAGCGCUGUACGACUUCGAGCCGGAGAACGCCGGGGAGCUGGGCUUCCAUGAGGGUGACGUCAUCACGCUGACCAACCAGAUCGACGAGAACUGGUACGAGGGCAUGCUCCACGGCCAGUCGGGCUUCUUCCCCCUCAGCUACGUGGAGGUGCUGGUGCCCCUGCCGCAGUGAGGCCCGUCCCCACGGCCUGCGUCCCAACUGCCUCAGCAGCCAGGGCUGUGCAUCGGCGCUCCUGGGGCUGGGAUGGGGGGAGGCAGGGCCCGCCGCCGCUAGCGCGCGUCCACAGCCUCCUCUGCAGGCAGCGGUCUCGGGCCGGGCAGUAUUUUCCCUCCCCGUCCCCGCUGCUCCUGGACUGCCUCUCCCCAGCCCUGUGCCCCGAGGGGGCUGACACUAAGGUGCUCUGAGAAACACUAACUUCCUCCCGCCCCUCCAGGAAUGGGCAUCUCCAGGUGUGCCCCCUCACUCACACACGCACACGUGUGUGUGCACACAUGCCCUGUCCUGUCCCUGCUUUGUCCCCUCUAUUCUGGGCUGUCCCCCACCCCCCAGGAGACCUGCUCUUAACAGGGUAAGCAGAAUGUCCGCGCCACUGGCUGUUCUGAGCAGGACGCCUAGCCCAGGCUCACCAGCCGGCUUUUAAAUGACCCCGCAGCACUCCUUCCCAGCCCCAACCCCAGGGUUCCCCAGGCCUCGGCACACCCAUGGUGCCACCUCCCUGGGGACACACAAUCCUGGGGUCCUCAGGGUUCCCCUAAAGACUGACCCUUUCCUGAGCAGCCCCGGAGCUGCUGGCGUCUCCCUCUGCAGGGCGCUCAGCUCUGUACAGUGGCGCCCCGCCCCCUGCGUCCUGCACCCUCUCCUUAGUUUCCAUGUGCAGGGUGCCCCAGACAAGCACACAGACGUUUCUCUCUGGCACGAGCUGCCACCACCAGCUGUGCACACGGCACACACGUGUGCACCACAAACGGGACCACAGGAGUCUCCAGCCUCUGCUCUGCUGAAGGUCAAACAGAGGCUUUGAUGAAUGUUCCCAGACCUCUGGCUGCUGGGACUGACCUCAAGAGGGUCCAGGCACCUCCCCCCUCCUCAGCCGGCCGCUGUCCCUGCUGCUGACAGCGGCCCCAGCCAUGUCCCUACAGACCCAGGCAGGCGGCUGCCCUGAGCAGCAGAGCCCAGCCCCGCAGCCACUUCCUCUCUCGCCUAGUCCAAAAAUCGGCUCAACUCGGGGACUUUGGGACUGGAUCACAUUCCCCUCCUCUGAUGACUCAGCAAAGCCCUGGGGACACCAGGCUCUGCUCCUCCUUGAGCCCCCCCCCACCAUUGCCAUUCGUGGGGGGAGGCACUGACCUCCUGGCAAAGAUGACCAGCAUCGCCUUGGUCACAAUCGAGGGCAGAUCAAAAUGUAAUCCGGAUUUUUUUUAAAAGUAUUAAAUGUUUCUUUCUAGA